UAAAUCCCAUGAAUCUCUUCAAUCACAGCAUCCCUCAGAAUUGAGAAAAAUGAAAAUGAAAAUGUCGUCACCAAGAAUUGCUGCUAAUAUAUUUGCUUCCUUCUUCUUAUUCUUCAUCUUCCUUUUCCUUUCUGUGUCGUCUGCCGAUUCCAGUUCUUCGUCAUCCCACCAGGCGUUCAUCCAGUGCCUGAGAAGGAAUUCCGAUCCCUCCAGUCCGAUCUCUGCGGUUCUCUACAGUUCCGACAAUUCCUCCUACUCAUCUGUUCUGCAACAAUACAUUCGGAACCUGCGGUUCAAUGAAACGACCACGCCCAAACCACGCCUCAUCAUUACUGCCACGCACGUUUCCCACAUUCAGGCAUCCAUCGUCUGCGCCAAACGACACCGUUUCUUAAUGAAAAUCCGCAGCGGCGGACAUGACUACGAGGCUGUCUCGUACACCUCACAAAACCCUAAUUUUUUCGUUCUGGAUAUGUUCAAUUUCAGAAAGGUUAAUGUCAGCCUAGAGGACGAGACUGCCUGGGUCGGAGCCGGGGCGACUCUCGGCGAAGUCUACUACGGAAUCGCACAAAAAAGCAACGUCCAUGGCUACCCCGCCGGAGUCUGCCCCACAGUCGGCGUCGGCGGCCACAUCAGCGGCGGCGGAUACGGCAACAUGAUGCGCAAAUACGGCCUGACUGUAGAUAACGUCGUCGACGCAGAAAUCGUCGAUGUGAGAGGAAGAAUCCUCGACAGGAAAUCCAUGGGAGAAGAUCUUUUCUGGGCGAUCACCGGCGGCGGAGCCUCCAGCUUCGGUGUCGCCCUUUCUUACAAGAUCAAGCUUGUCCGAGUUCCUUCGGUAGUAACGGUUUUCAGAGUUCCAAGAAAUUACAACCAGAACUUAACCGAUCUGGUUCACCGCUACCAGCAAGUCGCCGACAAGCUACCUGAAGAUUUAUUCGUCAGGCUAACACUGUCCGUCGUCAAUGGCACCAACCGGGGCACGUUCAACUCACUGUUCCUCGGAAACUCCGAACAGCUCCUGUCCAUCAUGAACCAGAGCUUCCCCGAACUGGGAAUAACCCGAUCGGACUGCACCGAAAUGAGCUGGAUUCAAUCGGUACUCUUCUGGACAAAUUUGGGACAGACGAGUGAACUCCUUACUAGAGUUCCUCCGACCGUCGAUUACCUGAAGAGGAAAUCCGAUUUCUUACAGAAACCCAUGCCGAAAGAAGGGAUAGAGAUGAUUCUCCAGACAAUGGUAGAACUCCGAACUCCACAGCUGACCUUCAACCCCAUGGGGGGCCGCAUGGCGGAGAUUCCGGCGUCGGAGAAACCGUACCCGCAUCGGGCCGGGAACAUUGCGAAGCUUCAGUACGCGACGAACUGGAACGAGACCGGAGUGGCGGCUGCAAACAGGUAUUUGAAUCUGACAAGGAGGCUGUAUGAUUCUAUGACGCCGUACGUUUCGAUGUCUCCGAGGCAGGCUUUUCUCAACUACAGGGAUUUGGACAUCGGAAUCAACAGCAAUGGUCCCAACAGUUACCAGGAAGGGAGGGUUUAUGGCGUCAAGUAUUUCGAGGGAAACUUCGACAGGCUCGUGAGGAUCAAGACCCGAGUUGAUCCUGAUAACUUCUUCAGGAACGAGCAAAGCAUCCCUGUCUUGCCCUAGAAAUAUAUAUGGCCAUCAGCUGCUGUAGAUGUCGACAGCAUUUUUUUUUUUUUUAUUUUUUAAAACUUAGUUAUAAAAUGUUAUUGGAAUAUAUAAUAUGCUUUUAUACUUACAUCAUGUAUGAUUAGGCAUUGUUUGCCUUUACGUUUUAAUUUAUUUGUUGUUAUUUAAUUUCCAAGUAAUAAAUGUUA